AUGAGCGACUUGGCGCUUCGGCGCUCCCUUUCCGAGGACGGAAACUUCGAAUCGGAAGCCUUGACGGCCUUGAGCCUCAGUGCGAGCUCUUUAAGGUGCGCGGGGAACGAAGAAGACUCCUGGACCUGCUCGAGCCGUAGGGGCAGCAGCAGCAGCGGCGGCACAGUGAGGGGCCGCCCCCUCAUGCAUUCGCCUGCUUCAGAUAGCCUCCCGAGCUCGCAAUCCUCCACAAUGCAAGGCAUCUUGGCGAGUCGAGAGGCUGAAGGGGGCCGUGCCUCACCUCCUUGCAGGGGCGGGAGCAGUCCUACGUGCAGCAGUUCCGGGGGGAGUGUACGUACAGCGCAGCCCGAGGGUUCGGCGGAGGAGCAGCAGCAGUUGCUUCGGCAGGAGAUAGCCUUUAAUGCCCUAGGUGAGCAGGUUGCAUCUCGCACUUUCUCUCUUUCAAGAAGUUCGCGAUCUCCAGGAGCCGCAGGAAGCUUGCCAAGUGUCGAGAUCGAGACGCAUACCUCGUCAACCAGCAGUGGCAACAGUGGCGUGUGGCUGCCAACUGAAGGGGAGCUACGUGCGCCUCACACAGCGUUGCCUCCGCUGAGUGCCUCAGUGGCUUCGGCAGGAGGAGCACCCCCACUCGCUGCGCCUGGUGGAGGUGUGGGAGCCGGAGGGGGGGGGGGAGCUCUUAGGACUGCCGGCGAGGCGGAGUCUCAGCCCUCCUCUUUUGCAUCCGCAGUAAGAGGUGGUCUGGAGCGUCUGAUGCGUUUCUCGAACUGGCCGAACAGAGACGCUGCAGAGCAACAGCAACAGCAACAA